GUUACUUGAGAUCGGAUAUGUCUUUUGAAAAUAGUGGAACUUCCCCCGUGGUGCAGACCACACAUGGAAAAGUGCAGGGAACCCUUAUGAAGGGGCUCUAUGACAAUGAAUUCUAUGUUUUUGAUGGCAUCCCAUAUGCUGCUCCUCCACUCGGAUCCCUUCGCUUCAAGGAGCCACAAGAUAUUCAACCAUGGAAAGAGACCCGAGAUUGCUCAAAGCCAGCUAGCAAGUGCUUGCAAGUGAUCGCCUUAACAAAAGUGAUUGAGGGUUCCGAGGAUUGCCUGUACUUAAAUAUCUCAGUGAAGACGCUGCAAAGCGAGAAACCCUUUCCCAUCAUGGUUUACAUCCAUGGUGGGGCAUUUCUUCGCGGAGAUUCUUCGAGAAGACUUUGGGCACCGGACUAUUUUAUGGAAGAGAAUGUACUUCACGUAAGCAUUGGACAUCGCUUGGGACUUUUCGGAUUUCUCAACUUUGCUGAUCCCUCGCUAGAUGUUCCCGGAAAUGCUGGCCUCAAGGAUAUCAUUAUGGCCCUUCGUUGGAUUAGGGCGAAUGCACUUAAUUUUAAUGGUGACCCCGAUAGAAUUACCAUCUUUGGCCACAGCUCGGGCAGCUAUAUGGUUAAUAUGCUCUUGGCUAGUCCGCAAACGGAAGGGCUCUUCCAUAAGGCCAUCCUUAUGGCGGGUUUUUCGAUGGAGGUUAACACUCAGCCGCAUUUGGAGUACCGUUUGGCGAAGCGUUUGGGCUACGAGGGAAAUAAUGUCGAUAGCCAGGUUUUUGAGUUCCUACUGAAGGCUGAUCCAAACCUGCUCGUUUCUGCUGACGUUUUUAGCCCAGAGGAGAAGGCUGAAGGUGUUAAUUUGUCCUUUAAGCCCACAAUAGAGUGGUACGCUACUCCCAAUGCUGUUAUGUUGGCGGAGCCCAAGGAAUUGCUGCGGAACAGUUGGAGCAACCGCAUUCCCAUCAUUUUGGGCGCUAAUACCGAUGAGGGGCUACUAAGUACAGUUGGUUUUAAGUCCGAUCCCAAGGUCUUGCAGGGAUUCCGGGAUCACCCAGAGAGGGCACUACCGCCUGUCCUUAAGAGCACCUGCGACUCCGCCCAAAAGCGUGAAAUGGCUCGCAAAAUGCUGGAGUAUUUCUGCCAGGCGAGUGGUGAACAACUGAGCUUCGAUCAUUUCGAUGCUGUAAAAGAUAUCUUCACCCACCAUAUCUUUCACGCGCUGUACCGAAUGAUCCAAUCCAGAUUGGCUUACGCUCAGGCACCGACUUACUUUUACCGCUUCGACUUCGAUUCGCCGGACUUUAACUUCUACCGAAUUCAGAACUGGGGAAAGGAGCAGCGCGGAGUUAAUCACGUGGACGAGCUGGGCUACAUAUAUGUCAUGCCGGCCACUUUUAAAUUGGACAAAUCCCGACCAGAGUUCACCACGAUUUGUCGAAUGGUAUCCAUGUUUGUGCACUUUGCCGCCACCUCGGAUCCCAACUCACCGCUUACGAAACCUUUUGUAGACUGGAAGCCAGUAACCUCGAGGACUACUCCUAUGGUCCUCAACAUCGCCGAGGAACUUAAGUUUAUGCCGCAUACCAUGCCUAAACUAGUGUUCUAUGAUCAACUGUUCGAACAGGCUGGAGUUUCCCUUUUUUAGUCUUUGUUACCCGAAACCUCAAUAAUUCUCUUACAUAAUCUUAAAUUGAGCAGGCCAAGUUUGGAUAGAUGGCCUACCUCGGUAAUAAAUGCUUAGUUAAA